ACUGCAAACUCUCUUAUCACAAGCAAAGCAAAGUUCGUAAGCAAACCGGGAACAUAUCAUUUUUCCAUCAUGUAUGGAUGGUGCGAGAGAGACGAGCCCAAGAAUGGCUCCAAGGCAGUCACACUGCUGCUCCGGCUCUCCACGCUGGCGCUAGCCCUGGCCUCAGCCGUCACCAUGGCCACGGUGGACGCCACCUGCACAGUCACUAACGGCACUACCAACGGCACCACCGCCGCCGCCGUGACUUACAAGGACUACCGUGCCUUCGUCUUCCUUGUAGGCUCCAACGUCGCCGCGGCCGUGCUCCAGGCCGCGGCGAUCUACCUGCAGCUCAGCGGCGGCAGCGGCGGCGGCGACGACGACGACGAGAAGAGCAGCGUCCCUGGGGUGCUUCUGGUGGUCGUCGAUGUGCUGGCGCAGGCGCUGCUCUACUCGGCCACUGCGGCGGCGUUUUCGACGGAGAUCGGCGUCGGUUGUGUGGUGUUUGGGAAGCAGGUGGGACUGUCGAAGCUGCUGUCGCUUGGGGCGAGCGUUUCUGUUGGCCUUGCAGCUGUUGUCAAGGACGUGCCGCUGCCCUUCUCUGUCUGGCCCUCCUCCUCGGACUGAUUGUGUCGAGCAUGUCUUACGUCUAGUGGUUUUGCUUCAUCCGGAGGUUUGGGCCAAUGAAUUCAGUGUCAUGAGGCAAAUUAAGUGCUUUCUUCUGGUGAUGAUUUUUAGUAGUGGGGAAAAUGUCAUUAGCGUCUAGUCAAAUGAUCUGAAUUGUAAUUUGAUCGCAUAUGGAGACAAAGUUUGAAAUCUUUACUUGUUAUAAA